AUGUCUAACACAGCGAACACCUGGGAGCCAAUAGGCAACACCAUUGUCAACUAUGCCAUUAACAAGAAUGCCGAACCAGUGAUUGGGUUCCUCUUGCGCAACGACGAUAACCGCGUGACAAAGGUCACUGCGUAUGUUGGCCGUUACGAACCAACUGGGGGAGAUAUUCUAUACGGCGUCGAGUUGACCUACGAAGAGGGCAAAAGAAGCAUCCGGGUUGGAACCAGAGGCGAAUCUAGCAAAAGUUUAUCUCUUGAACAUGGUGAAAAGAUCAGCCACAUGGUGAUACGCGCGACAGAUCGCGUUGACGGGAUGGAUGUGAAAACAGACAGAGGUCAACACUUCACAGUGGGAGGAAGUGGUGGAGAACAUCAUGAGCAGAACACAGGGAAUGGACUGCUCUUGGGAUUCCAUGGGACCUAUAAAUACGGUCAACUUUGGAGCAUGGGAGGUAUCUUCCAAAGGUCCUCAGAGGAUAUCUCUCAAGAUGAUAUUUAG